CAUGAGUCUUUUAAGAGAAAACUUGACAUAUUCCUAAAGUCUAAGGACAGUUUCACUGUGAUAUACUAACACUUUUCAUUCUCCCUCUUUUAUGGUUAAUAUACCUAGGUUCCAGUCUGGAGGCAUUUGUGAUACACUACUACCGAAUAUGGAAGCCCUUUAAGCAAAAGCUUCUUCUGUUCCUUCCAGAACCAUUUGACCAAUUUGUUUCAGGGUUUCGACGCGGUAAAUUAAAUGUGGCGGAUCAAGUGUUUCGACUGAAGGUUAGCGUACAUUAAUUUGGUUUAUUGAAAUCUAAUGUUGCUCAGUCAUACAUUAGUGGUCGUGCCUAUUAUGUUAAAUCAUCAAUUUAUAGAGCCAAAAGCAUAUCUAUUUCGUGUGGGAAUUCAUGGUACCUUUAUCUCACUAUUCAUAUAUGAAUGAGUAUACAAUUUAAAUGUACAUAGGUUCAUUUAAAUUGUACACUUAUCAGUCAGUCAUCUACAACGUCAUAUGUGUCAUUGUGUACUCUUCACUUACUACUCUUGUCAAUCGUUUCUCUUUUCACGUUAUCCAGUCUAAGUUGUAGUGUAUAUACUUCAGCGUUUAUAUAUAAACGCUGGGCACGAUUAUAAUAGUGAUAGUAAGGACAAAAGGCCUACUUUUGGUGGAGUUUUGUUUUCUGAGCUGGAUGGUUUGGUCGUGGAGCUUUCAUCGUCCUUCUGAACGACAUCAGCACAAAUUUCGAAAGGCCUACGUCCUGUGUUAUUUUUCUCAUAUGCUUCUGUGAGUGUCUAUUCUUCUCUUGAAUGAGUCAAUGGCUACAGAAUAAUCGGACUCUGGAGCAAUGAUAAGGUCGCAAAAACUUUCAGCCUCGACCACAUAGCUUCAAUGUUGUUUGUGUGCACUCCGGUUGCCGAGUACACAAAUUGCCACUUGUGGAUAACGACACGAUGCACAUAACCAAUAUAUGUAGGAGUCUGUACGGUUUCUAAUCAUCCGUAUAUAUUGUAGUACCUGGCUGCAACCAGUGUUACCGAUGCUUUUAUUAUCCAGUUCGCAAUAAUUGUCAUAAGUUGCCCUAGUUAUUAAUUAUAUAUGGGGUUUUCAUCACGAACUGACAUCAGCUAUAAUGCAAAAACUCUCUUUAGCCAAAUAGAUGAACGACUUUCGUGGAAAAUCCGAGAUCUGCUGUCUUAUACCUGAUUGGUUCGUCCACAAACUAUAGUCUCGCCAGAUUUUCCUUUCUUUUGUGAAUAUAAGUCUCUACUCUCUGAUUUCACAAUCCACAAUACUAGUACUGUUUAACUUAGUUUUGAUUCAUUGUAUGUUGCUCAAAAGUCCCAAAACUUCCACCCUAUAUAUCAUAAAUAUUCUACAGAAAAUGUUGUAAAGGAAUCCGAUUUUCUGAAACUUUUAUCAGUCACUAAAAAUCAUACAUGUAUUGGUCCUCCGGAUAUUUUUAUAGGAAGUGUUGUUAUGAAGCAUAUUUACUUGAUGUGAUGAACCGCUGUUUCUGGUGAGUUGUUUAUGUCAAUCAGUGUGCGGUUCAUUUAUGACUUGGUUAUGUAAGUAACUUUCCUCUCGGAAUAUAUUAAAGUUUACCCUGCUACGCAGUCGACAAUUAUCAUUAAACAACUGUAAUAUAAAUACAGACGAUUCAAGGAUAUGGAAGAAUGACAUUCUGUUGUAUAGAAAACUCGCUUGCUUUUCCUCUUCGAGAAGUACGCUUGAAGGAUUGAUUUAGUAAAGAUGGAAACCUAUGAUGUGAAAUCAAGCCAGUGUCAUGUUGGGAUUUUGUUCUGCAGUGAAUGCAACAACAUGUUGUAUCCUAAAGAGGAUAAGCGUACAAAAACAUUAUACUACGCAUGUCGUAACUGUGAUUAUUCCCAGGAAGCAGACAAUCCCUGUGUUUAUAUCAACAAACUGGAACAGGAAGUUGAUGAAUUGGCUUUAAUUGUACCGGAUGUUGUUCAUGAUCCAACACUGCCUCGAACAGAAGAUCAUAUAUGUCGUCGAUGCGGUAAACAAGAAGCUGUAUUUUUUCAAUCACAGACAUUGAAAGCGGAAGAAAAUAUGCGUUUAUAUUAUGUUUGUACCAAUGUUGACUGUUUACAUAAAUGGACUGAAUAGAUAUUGUACAUAUAUAUGCUAUGAAAGGAAGUCCUGAAUAAGAACUAAACUUGUAAAAUAAGUAUUACGAAAGUUUUGAAUUUGAGUCAUUUACAUAGAACUUUACUUAUGUUCUUAUUGAUGGUCACCUACCUAACACGGGAGAUUCUCAAUUUAUUGACGUAUUUUGAUAUGAUGAUGAAGAGAACCAAUUGUUUUAAGCACAGUUGGCUCUUAAAUCGAUCGUUAUCUCUAACCGCCUCUUUACAUCUCGACAUAAUGCAAGCGAUGUAGCGUCACCUAGACUAAUUAGCCACAUUUCAAAUUUGCCGAUAGGAUUCGAUUAACACGAAGAAGGACUUGAAAAACAUGGCAUUAGUCACUAUCUAAUGAUCAUUCAAUUGUAAAAAUCGUGUUAUCAUUGAGAAAACUGUACGCAUGAAGUAGUUUAUGCGUCAAUGGUGUGUUUUUUAUUCUAACAUUAAUUUCUUACCAUGUUCAUCAAUUCGAAAUUCAACCAAUGUCAGAACUGAUCUUUUAGUGUAUAAGAUGAAAGAUGGUAGUCAUCUUUCGGUGGUGCCAACAUGGUUUGUGUAGGGUAGGUUCUAGAUAAUCUACUUGACAUAAGCGUAGAAUACUUACCAAUUACUAACCGUUAUCCUCAACACAAAUUUCAAGGGGAAACUUAUAACAAUUACAAAUUUAUUCUUGUAUAAUCAAUGAUGGGUUUCUCACUCUCUGUUACAUUGAAGGCAUUUCAUCGUGACACAAGACAAUAGUUCCAAAGUAAUAUCAACUGUUUUCACAGUACUCAUUUGAAAAGAAAUUUAUCAAUCAAUUUAGAUGUUUUCUAGAAUUCUGAUAUGCUUGGAAAGGUACGAAAAUAUCAGUUAUUGGACGUUUCAUUCCAUUAUAAACAUCGUGCCAGUUAGUUUGGAUGGAAAUUAAUAGAAUUUCACAACUCAGUAAUACAUACGUUUAUUUUGAGAUAAUCUUGAUCACAUAAGAAUGUUUCGUAAAAAGAAUAUUAGAACGUAACACGAUAAUGAUGGAUAAGAUACUAGUGUUUACCGUAAACAAGUAAUAAUUCAGAAACUUUAAUGAGCAAGUUUACGGUUGAAUACUCGUAUGCUUAUUUAACUCUUAAAUGCCCCUAAGUGACCUGGUACGGCCGCGACUAGGGGGAAUCAGCUCUUCGUCUCGAAAUGCUCUCAAGUUUCCAUGUCCAUACAACCACUGCCAGGGAAGUCUUACACACUGCCUUCUCGUGUUGGGGAUGUUGUUUACGAAAUUAGGAAGACGAAAAUCGAAAGUCCAUCGCUUUAACCAAGUUGGUGGGCACGAAGAGUGCACCUGAGGAAGUUGGACAACUCUGAUUCUGAAACAGUGGUGCACAUGGGUUGGCUUCAGUGUCCUGAAGGAGAGAAUGGUGCAAGAAUCAGUCGAUGGUCACUAGUUACUAUGGAACUGCAUCUCCCAGUGUUGCUCCACUUGCUUGAUGAAUAAACCUUAAGGUCGAAGACUCCGAGUGUGGCCCUCUAAGAAAACCAUGUGCUCCUGUCUGGGCACCCGAGCAGUAUCACAGCCCACGCACAAAUCAACUUAAUUGUGUGGCUCAUAUGUAUUCGGCGCCUUUUUCCCAAUAGGUACAUGUUCAAAUAAUAAUUAUGAAUAAUAUUGGCUGCUUACCACCACUAAUAUGUAUACAGUGUAAUAUCGAGGUAUGAUAUGAUGUGAAAUAAUUUACACUGAUAACGGAAAAAUAUUACGAUAACUUAGAUUAUCAAUAAUAGCUACAUAGAUACUCGACCCACGAACUUUGAAAGUGGUAACAUUUUUUCACGUGGUUUAGGUAUUCUUCGACUUGCUCUUUUGUAAGGUGUAUUAUGCUGUGGUCAUCAUCCUACCCUGUACAUCUGGUACAUGUUACCCCGAAAAAUAAGAAAAAACGCUUUUUUUUAUUCGAUCGAAUUUGUUGCUAAUACAAUUGGCAGUGGUUACCUGGUUAUCGGGUGAUGACCAGAAAACCUCAGUGCGGUGUGUUCUGUUGUACCUAUUGACAUCUGAGGUUGCUAGCAACUUCCCGUUACUUGGAACUUCUUCGAAACGACCACUUCAAAAAUGCCGCUUUUUCUUCUGCAUACUAAGUAACCUAUAUUUAGUAUUUAAACUUCAGGUGCAUUAACAAGUCGCUUUUUAUCAUCAUCUGUUAACGAAAAAGACCUUGUGAAGCUCUACGACAUGGCAACACAAGGUUACUUUCACGAUGUCAGAGACAAAGUGAUAAAGCAUAAAAGACGGGCAGGUGUGCCUGCAUAUAUAUACAUAUAUGUACUAAUUGAAAGUGACAACUUUCCUUACGGCUCUAUAGUUACAGUCAUCAGUGUUAACGGAUAUAACCGUAAGUUUAGUCAUUGAGAUAUCGCUGUGACUUCCUUCGUUUUUUUAACUUCAGAAUUCACGGAACGACUAUUUCAGUUCUCAAUAGCCGAACGAUUGUGGCUAAAGGCAAUAGUCCGCGCAAUUUUCUUGAUUUUCUACCUAAUUUUUAAUAAACAUUAUUUUGUAAAAGAGCUUACUUUAUUACUUACAUGGGAAACUAAAGAAGUGUUGAGAAUGCCUUGUCAAUAAUACAACACCUGUUUCAUCUUUUGCAGAUCCCUUCUAACAACAAUGAAAUGGCAAUUACCAUGGUUAUGCUAAACGAUUGAUGCUAAAGCUUCUGCUAUAAUUUUGUACAAUGAUACGAUUUUCCUUUACAAUAAAAUUAUAUAAAAAUGUAUCAGUUUUCUCGUGGCUUGCAGUUUUAGUGUGGUUUGUUUUUGAAAUAAAGGCAGACAUAGAAGACAUUUAGGGUUAUGCCAAUGGAUCAGAAAUAGGCAGUUAUGCGUGUAUUUCUGCGAAAGGUAAAAAAUUAGGCUUAUAUAUGUAGACGAAAUGUAGGCAGUUCGGCAGAAAUUUAGUUGAAAAGUAGACAAUUCAACAGAUAUUCGGGUUAGAUGUCGGCCAUUCGGCAGAAAUUUGGGCGAGAUGUGGACAAAUCAGCGGAUAUUUCGGGGAAAAGUAGACGGAAAAGCGCAUAUUUAUGCGAAAAAGAGGGGAUUCCGCGGAUAUUUAGGGGAAAUCCGCGGUAUUUCCUUCGGACAGGCGAAAAAAGGCGACAUUCUGAUGAGGUUUCCCUUUUCU